CGUGUACCAACGACGCGACCGCCGUCCUCCGCACCCGUUCUCCGGAGAACAUUUUUUUGUGCGCGUGACAUGUGAGGCCCUUCGUUUAAUUUCUCCCAUAGAGUCCUCAUCGGUGUCACCGCCAUAUCCAAAGUUUUGGAACUUAUUUAAAACGGAGGUACGAAGUAGUGGCUGUUAACUAAGAGACUUUGAAAAAACUACAUUCAACAGUGAUAACUAGAAAUGGGGAAUUGUUGCUCGAGGAUCAGGGCAUUCUUUAAACGUCAGCCUUCUUGUACACGACCAGAAUGUCUUCCUCGGCCACCGGACACAUCCACUUCCGGGGAGGAUCACAGAUCUCCGAUAUUGACCGUUGUACAUGUGGACCCCUGUAUAAAAGAAAAUGGCGAAGCUCACCGAACCUCCAGGUACGAGCUCAUGAACCGAAAUGGGAAGAACAGCAGAUUGGUGGUACGGAGAGGUCAGGCCUUCUUCUUGAACAUUACUCUGGCACGUGAAUAUAGGCCAUCUACCGAUGGCAUUUCAAUAGUCUUUACUUUGGAUGGAGUAAAGAAACCUCAGUACGGUCAUGGAACUCUUGUGGCAUCCCCGGUACUUGGACCCGGGGAAAUGUCUGAAGGAUCCUGGCAAACGACGAUCGAAUGGGCAGAUCAGGAUAUGAUUCGUAUAAAAGUUGUUCCAGAUGCAAAUGCAAUGAUUGGAAAAUGGAGAAUGGACAUUGAUACUAGAAGAAGACACUCGGAUGGAGCUGUAAGUUACUCCGUACAAAAUCCGUUUUAUGUCAUUUUCAACCCCUGGUGUGACGAAGACAUGGUAUACCUUCCAAAUGAAGAUGAACGUCAGGAGUAUGUAAUGGCCGAAGCGGGUUUAAUUUGGCGAGGAAGUUACAACCGUUUGAGACCAACCGUGUGGAAGUAUUCGCAAUUUGAAAAAGACAUUUUGGAUUGCGCUCUUCAUCUAAUGAUCGAAGUUGGCAAGACAAGGAUUACAGGCAGAAACGAUGCUGUGGUGAUAUGUCGUGUUCUUUCCGCCGCGGUCAAUUCUCCGGAUGACAACGGCGCGGUGAUGGGCAACUGGUCUGACGAUUUCGAGGGUGGUACUCCACCUACGAAGUGGCUCGGCUCGCAGAAGAUCUUACAGGAAUACUACAAGACAAAGAAGCCGGUUAAAUAUGGACAGUGUUGGGUGUUUUCCGGUGUCUUGGCAACUGUUUGUCGUACACUUGGCAUUCCUUGUCGGGUAGUGACGAAUUACUCCAGCGCCCAUGACACCCAGAGUAGUCUUACUGUCGACUACUUCGUCGAUGCAGAAGGAAAGAUAAUGGAGGAACUCAACAGCGAUUCCAUCUGGAAUUUUCACGUCUGGAACGAAGUAUGGAUGACGCGACCAGAUUUGUCGAUCGAAUGUGACGGGUGGCAAGUAAUAGAUGCCACUCCCCAAGAACUGAGUGAAGAUGCAUAUCGUUGCGGUCCAGCAUCUGUUGCGUCUGUAAAGAAAGGCGAAGUCUUACGACCAUACGACAAUGCUUUCCUGUUCGCAGAAGUUAAUGCCGAUAAAGUUUUCUGGAGAUACAACGGACCUACUCAACCCUUGAAACUAAUCAGAAAGGAUAUCUACGGAAUUGGUCAAUUUAUUAGUACGAAGGCAGUUGGCAAAUGGGAGCGGGAAGACAUUACGCAUACCUACAAAUAUCCUGAAAAAUCAAUUGAAGAACGGGCUGCCAUGUUGAAAGCUCUUCGGCAGAGCGAAUCAUUGUUUAGCCGUUACUACUUGAAUGAAGAGUUCAAUGAUGUGAUGUUUAAUUUUGAACUUAGAGAUGACAUCCUAAUUGGUCAACCUUUUAGUGUAGUAAUGCUGAUCAAAAAUCGAAGUAUGGAUAAGGAGUAUCAGAUAAUUGUGAUAAUGAGGGUAGAAACAGUUUUGUAUACUGGACGUGUAGGAGAUCCAAUAAGAAAAUCGGAAAAACGACGAUUAGUAAAGCCAGGUGUACUUGAAGAAAUUCGUUUGGAUAUUACAUGGGAAGAAUAUGGACCAAGAUUAAUGAAUCAAUGUGCUUUCAAUAUUGCUUGCUUAGCCACGGUCAAAGACACAAAUUUUGAAUAUUUCGCUCAGGAUGACUUCCGUGUAAGGAAACCAGACAUCGAAAUUACGCUUCAAAAUCCAGCUAUUGUUGGCGAGAAAUUGGAAGCAGUUGCUAAAUUUUUGAAUCCACUUCCAAUACCUCUAAGAAGAGGAAAAUUUAUUAUCGAAGGGCCUGGAUUGAAGGAACAGUUGAAGGUAAAACUGUCGGACAAUGUUGAAGUCGAUGCAGAAGCAAAGUGUGCGUUUUCAAUGGUUCCCAUGUUAGAUGGUCGUGCAACCAUAGCAGUAAAGUUUUAUUCCAAGGAGCUCGAUGACGUAGAUGGAUUUAUUAAUUUCAUGGUGAAGCCUUCAAAAAUAGCCAAUACCAUGGGUUAAUUUAUGUAAAAAUCUCAUACGGUAUAGUUAAGUAAAAAUUAAUUCGAUCGUUCUAGAAAAAUUUGUCUAAAUUGUGGACGAACGAUAACGUCGGGUUAAUCAUGAACCGUAACUGUUAAGUAUUACAGCUAAAUCCAAAAUUACAUAAGUUUUUAAUAGAUAUAAGAAGAGCGAAAUCAUAAAGCUACCAACCUGUGUUUUUAUAAUAUAAAAGUGUCAUUUUAAAACGUAACUUUAUGCUUUAUUUUGGCCAAAGUAAUAAUCAGGUCAAAGCACUUAUCUUUAUGAUAAGAUUGUAAUAUAUGUUACGCCUAUUAGAUUUAUCUGACGAAAUAGUCGUGAUCGAUAUGUACCCAUGUGCUCAUUCUCUAAAAUCUAUAAAUAUGAUACGAUUUUACGAUAUAAGUAAAAGUUGUUGUUGGUAUGUAUAAAUAUUUUAGCACAAUUCCUAAAAUCUAUAUUUUAUACCUAAUGUCGUAGGAAAUAAAUUCGCCAUUAUCGUUCA